GAAAGAGUAACAGCUCAAACCCUUAGUGAUUCCCUCAGCUACUGACCAUUGGGGCCAAAACUGUCACCCAGGUACUAGCCAUCUUUCAACUGGUUCGCUAGAAAACUGCGCAGAAAUUAUCAUUCGGCCAUAUUUUCUUUCUUGUUGGAAUGGCGGCAAAAGCAGAUAAUGAGGAGGUUCAUGAAUAUUCAUGAGAUCCGUGGGUAGAACUUUGACCUAUGAUACUACAUGAAUGGCAUUGAGUUCAUUUUAAAAGGCUUGUGUACAGAUCAGUAUUAGAAGCUGUGGAGAGCAGUAUCAUUGUUUGUUUCUCAAAACGGAAUAAAAUGUGUCAGAAAACAUGCGAAUAGUUUCACUGAAGCAUCAAGGAAGUUUACCUCCAAGGCGCAAGAAAACCAAGGAGGAUUUUUUCAUGUUUUGUACGAUGAUCAUGGAGUACACUCAAUACGAGACCCAGCGCAGUGAGGACCUGCGAUCCCACAACAACAUGAGUCCAUUGGACAGCAGCGGCAGCACCGCCGAGAGCUACACCUCGGACACCACGCUGUCUGCCGGCAGCCCCACCCACCAAUUCUCCAGUUCUCAGGAACUCAAUGACUCAGAGGAGGAGUCCGAGUUGAUCACUUGUUUCUGUAUGAAGCCAUAUGCGGGACGACCGAUGAUUGAGUGUUCUGAGUGCGAAACCUGGAUUCAUUUCUCAUGUGCAAAAAUCCGCAAGAACAAUGUCCCUGAAGUGUACACAUGUCAGCUGUGUAGAGACUCCAAAUUCACUGCCCGCAAAUCAAAUCGUGUCAGAACUGAGAAUAACAAGUUUACAACGUAGCCGAGUGCCGAGACAACUUUCGAGAAGUGCAAAUGGAGUGAGAUGUGUGAAAGGAGCAUGAGAGAGAGAGAGUGCAAGAUGUUGACAAUGCUAUUUUUAUGACAACAAAUUAAUUUGUGUACAAAGAUUUCAUCAAAUCAUUCUGGUUCAUUGUCUUUAAGUUGUAUAUUGAUCAUAGUUGUGUGACAUUUCGAGUACAGAUAUUAACUACUAUUCUGUCAACAAGUAUAUGUUUUGAAACAGGAAAGGAAUUCUUUUAAAGAAAGGGGGGAAAACUUUAGAAAAUUGAAUGGUUGAUAAUCAUUUUAUAAUCAUGGAAAUCGUGGGGGCCAAUUUUUCAGAAAAUGAAUAUCUUUGUGCAAUUGUUGGACCAAAAAGGCUUAAUUAUUCAUACAAUUUAAAUUAAUUUCAGUUUAAUUGAUUUUAAGAAAUAGUAAUUUGGAGUGCUAAUCAAAUUUUACAUUCCUGGUAAGUUGUGAAACUUGUACACUACUAAACUUGGCAAACAUUUUGUCUUUAUUACUGCCCCGUCUCGGUAUACUGCCUCAGAGUAUCUACUGGGCAUUACUUAAAACCAUACUGCAUUUGAUCGAAUUUAUUUAUUUUGUUAGGAAAAAAUUACUGACUGUUUAACGUGUGGUACUAAAACAACAAAUGAUGUUGAUUCUGUUUUGAGGUAUCUAUUUACAGUAAAUCUUUGACUGUCAGAUCAUUGAGUACAUUACAUAAACAGUUACAUGGCAGCUGCUUCAACGAGGGUCAACAGAUCACACAUAUCUCUCAGUACUGUAGGACAAGCACCUUGCGAGGGGUUCUCUACGAAUUGACAUAAACUUUCACACAGAUUGAUGAUAGAUCAUUGGAAUUCAGUGUUUAUAUGUGUCCCAACGAUCUCAAGAUGUUCAUCAUGUCACCAUCCUGUGCUUUUAAUAUGCAAUGUAUUUGUCUGCCUUGACGUAGCCUGUUUACAUUUUGUUCAUCAGUGAAAUUUUUUUUUAUUUCAUCUUGAUGGAUUCCAAUGAGGUGUAAACAUAAACCACCUUUUAUCAGCAGUUGAAGAAUUUCAAUGCCACAUUUUAUUGAAUAUAAUUUUUUUUUACUUUAUAAAAAUAAUUAAAUAUUUCAAUAUAAUUUAGCAGCAGUUUGCUGAUUAUACACCAAAAAUUAACUUUUUAAUGUGGCAGAUAAAAAUUGGUUUAUAGAGAAUACCUUUGGCUGUGAAUCCAGUCUCGCCUGUGUUUUAGGCAGGUGAGACCUGACUAUUAAAUCCAUUGUACAGUGCUGAAUCACAUUUUACCUGGUUUCUGUACACAGGAGCCGGCCUGUUGACAUUAUAUUUUAGAGUUUUAUUCUGUCAGAUGCAGGAUUUGGUCUGUGAUGCUCUUUUAAAUGGCAAGUCCUUGUCUGUUCUUGUUUUACUGUUUGCAAACUUCAUUUGUUCUGUUCAAGUGAAAGGGAAGCUAUUCCUUGGUCCUCUAAUUCUUUGUAAAAAGCAGAGAAAACCAGAUAUAGACUCAAGAGAUUGAGCCUUUUUAAAGUGAUGUUAGCUACCAAGUGAACUAUCUCACCAGCUCAUGAAUAAAGAAUUGGUUGUUGUAAAUACUCUGUUCAUACUUGUAAAUAUUUUGUCUAUAGAAAUAUUUUCGCAAAUCAUUUUCACUGUACUUGUUAACGAUUCCCUACAUAUUAAAUUGUAAAUUGCAA